CAUUCUUUUCGGUUUCAAUUUUUUUUUCAAGAAUCGAUUGAAAUCGAAAUGAGAAAAAGUAAAAGUAUGAAGAAGUGCUUCUCGUGUUGCACCAUUUUAGAGUUUGAAGAGGAGAAGAAAAAGACUACGACAACAACAACAACAACAUCGACCGCGAGAAGAUCUUUCAGGCACAGCAUCCAUGAAUUGAAACAUGCUAAAAGAGCUUCAUUUGCCAACAUCUCCGUAAAGAGUGAUGCAAGCAAGAAAAGAUACAUUGCAGAAGAGAUAUCGAAAAUUGGAAAAGGCAACAUAACUUCCCAAAUAUUCUCGUACAAUGACUUAGCCAUCGCUACUCAAAACUUCAACCCCAAGAAUUUGCUCGGAGAAGGAGGAUUUGGACGCGUUUACAAAGGCAUGAUCAAAAGUUUGAAUAUGGAAGUUGCUGUGAAGCAACUAGACCGAAAUGGCUUCCAAGGAAAUCGAGAAUUCCUUGUCGAGGUUUUAAUGUUAAGCCUCUUGCACCAUCAAAACCUAGUCAAUUUAGUUGGCUAUUGUACCGAUGGCUCCCAAAGGUUAUUGGUAUACGAAUACAUGCCUCAUGGUUCCCUCGAGGAUCACCUUCUUGAUUUGGAACCAAGUAAAAAACCUCUAGAUUGGAACAAUAGGAUGAGAAUUGCUCUAGGUGCGGCUAGAGGACUAGAAUAUUUACACGAACUAGCCAAUCCACCGGUUAUCUAUAGGGACUUCAAGGCGUCCAACAUUCUCUUGGACGAGGAAUUCAAUCCAAAACUAUCUGAUUUUGGGCUGGCUAAGCUUGGCCCGACAGGCGACAAGACCCAUGUGUCAACCAGGGUGAUGGGUACUUACGGUUAUUGUGCACCAGAAUAUGCAUCCACUGGCCAGUUAACCACCAAAUCGGAUGUUUAUAGUUAUGGAGUCGUGUUCUUGGAGAUAAUCACUGGAAGGAGAGUCAUCGAUGAUACGAGGCCCAGCGAAGAACAAGAUCUUGUUGCUUGGGCACAACCUUUGUUUAAGGACAAAAGAAAUUUCAAUGAAAUGGCAGAUCCAUUGUUAGAAGGAAAAUAUCCAAUAAAGGCAUUGUAUCAAGCUCUUGCCAUAGCAGCCAUGUGUCUACAAGAAGAUGCCAGCAUUCGGCCCCUAAUUAGCGACGUUGUGACUGCCCUUGAGUUCUUAUCUUCUGCAAAUAGAGACGAAGGAGAUGAAGUGGCGGGAGACGACAAUCUUUCUUCUGAUGAAUGACUUUCAUUUCGUGUUGUGUCGUGUUAUGACGAGAGAAGAGAACCGGCUGCUUAAUGAUACAACGUUAUGCCUGUAGAAAACAUUGACAAGCCAAGAAAAAAAUACCAACAAAAUAUUAACACACAAGGCUGCAUUGUCUUUGUUAA